GGCACCGCGCAGCAUGCCCCGGGCCCUGCUUCUCCUGCUCGGCCUCCUGGGCGCCGCCCUGGCCAGCCCCACCUCUGGCCCCCAGGAGUGUGCAAAGGGCUCAGCAGUGUGGUGUCGGGACCUUCAGGCAGCAACAAGGUGCGGGGCCGUGGGGCACUGCCAAAGUGCCGUCUGGAGCAAGCCCACCGCCAAGACCCUGCCCUGCGACGUGUGCCUGGACGUGGCAGCCGCUGCCAGCAACGGGCUGAACCCCGACACCACGGGGACCGACAUCCUGGCUUUGGUGAUGAAGACCUGUGAGUGGCUCCCCAGCCAGGAGUCUUCAGCCAAGUGCAAGGGCAUGGUGGACACCCACCCCUCAGCCGUCCUGAGCAUGCUUGGCGGGGCGCCGGGCAGCACCCCGGCUCAGGUGUGUGCUGCGCUCACCCUCUGCCAGCCGCUACAGGGGCACCCGGCCACCCCGGGGCUUCUCUCUGAGGAGGACGUGUCUGAGGUGGUGGCCCCAGUCAUGGCCAAUGGGCCCCUCAGCUUCUACUCUCCACAGAUUCCAGAGAGUGCUGUGUGCCAGGACUGUGUCCAGCUGGUCAGCCAGCUCCAGGACGCGGUGGGAUCCAACUUGUCCAGCUUGGCAGAAGUGACCACGCAGGAGCAGUGUGAGUCCCUGGGGCUGGGCCUGGCUCUCCUCUGCAAUAACUACCUCCGCCAGAUUUUUGCCCCUGCUGAGCAAACGCUGAGGCUUGUCCCGCCACAGAAGACCUGCAGGAAGGGGGGCUUCUGUGAGGCACUGAAGGAACCCGCCCGCCUGGCUCACGUGGCUGCUGUGGACAGCAUCCCUUCCCUGGAGCCAGUGUCCCCGAGGAAGAAGAGCGAGGUCCAGAUGAAGGCCGGCCUGACCUGUGAGGUGUGUCUGGAAGUGGUCCAGGAGCUGGACCAGUGGCUGGAAUCCAACAGCACGGAGACCAUGAUCAGCCACGCCCUGGAGCGCGUGUGUUCAAUGAUGCCGGCUUCCUUGGUCCAGCAGUGCGUCACCUUGGUGGACACCUACAGCCCCUCCUUGGUGCAACUCGUCGCCAGAGUCACCCCAGAAAAGGUGUGCAAGGCCAUCCGGCUGUGUGGGAGCAGGCGGCGGGCCCGGGCAGUCCAUGAGGCCCUUGCAACCAUGCCGUCCCCCCUGCUGGGCAAGGAGAACCAGGGUAGCAUCUGCAACGGGUGCAAGAGGCUGCUCGGCAUGUCUGCCCGCAACCUGGAGCGUGAGAUCACCAAGCGCAAGAUCCUGACGGCCUUCCGGGGCGGCUGCAGCAUCCUGCCACUGUCCUUCCUGAUGCAGUGCAGACGCCUCAUCAAUGAGUACGAGCCCGUGCUCGUCGAGAGCCUCAUGGAGAUGAUGGACCCCGUGGCCCUGUGCACGAAGAUGGGCACCUGCCAGGCCCCCAGGACGCCGCUGCUGGGCACGGACCAGUGCGUCAGGGGCCCGAGCUUCUGGUGCAAGAUCCCUGAGGCAGCCGAGACGUGCGGUGCCGUGGAGCACUGCCAGCGCCACGUGUGGAAAGAGAGGCCCUUCCGUGCGGGAGAGCAAGCGUGACUGACCACCAGAGCCCCAGUGCCUGCCCUUGUCCCCCCAAAGAGGCCCUUAUCUCCUUGAAUCCCAUGGGGACCCUACGAGGUGGGUGCUCUCCUCAUCCGCACUUCACAGAUGAGAAACCGAGGCUCCCGGCAGGGAGGCCGGGAAGACCCGAGCUGAAAUCCUGAUCCCGCAGAGCUGGUCCUAACAACUGUACCCUGUGGCUUUACUUCUUCGAGUGUCUCUGAUGGACUGGAACAAACUGAUGUGUGCCACCACGCCCCAGCCGACUGCCGCUCAGUCUCCAUCACUGUGAUGUUGCCGAUGGUGGCGGGAGGAGCCGGCAGUGGCCUCUGGUGGCCCCUUGCUGAUGAAUGCCCCAGCUGUGAGCCAGGCUGGGGUCCUGGCUGGGGGAAGCAAUGGCGGGGGCAGAGGGCCGCUGAGAGGGGCCAUCACAGGUGGGGGGCUGAUCCUUCUUGUCACACAGCUGGGAAACUGGGUCUCAUCCACAGCCACCAUCACUUGCUCAGGCCAGAGCUUCUCAACUGGGGUCCCUCGGAGGCCCCAAAGGUGUGUGUCUGUGGACCUUUCUGGGGAGGAGGCUGGGGCUUUGACAAUAUUUCCCAGAGUGACGGGGCUUCACAGCAGUUCUUCCAAUGCCUCUGCCCCUCGCAGGGUCCUCUCCUUGCACCCCAGACUCUCGGCCACCCUGGUAACAGGCAGAAGGAACGCCUGUGCUCUGCUCUAAAUGAGGAGACCGCGUGCAGGGUAGGAGCCCACAGGGACAGCCCAGGGGUCUGGAUCGGCUGCCGGGGGCUGUGCAGCAGCGCCGUGCGAUGGGGAGCAGGGCCCCGCACCCGUCGCUGCUUCACUGUCCUAAUCUGUAGAAGAGGGGUGACCACACCUGCCUGUGGGGAUGUUGAGACAAUUCAAGGAGACGUCCAGAGCUUCUUCCCCAGAGACCAGCAUCCGUCGGUCUGCUGAGACCAGCAAAGCCCAUCUCAGGGGUCUCCCAAAGAAUCUGGCUGUGCAAGGACUGAAUAAACUGCGAGAUUCUCCAGAUGG